GAACACGGUUCGGCAGUACAGCGGACGGUGGCUCCGCAGAGCGCAGAGGGCCAUGCUGACGGAGGACUGGUGACCUCUCUGCGUUACUGCCUGGCUGUUUUAUUUCCAUGCGCGCAUUUAAACAAUAAACGGAGACGCUGCAGGUCCUGUCAACGUUCAUAAACACGAGAUGGCCGGCAGCAGGCUGGAGAAAUUCGGCACUGUCUUCACUCGAGUUCGUGAUUUGAUGCGCUCUGGAGUCAUCAAAGAGUCUGCCAAGCCUCUUUGGUUUGACGUGUACGCUGCUUUCCCUCCCAAGAGAGAGCCUCUAUAUGUGAGAUUGUCUAAAACGCUACGGCCCCAAAAGAAAGACGAUCCAGUGCCUGAAAUAUUUUACAAGGAAGAUGAAGUACGAGCGAAGUUCUUUGAGAUGUACGGAAGUGGACCUAAAGUGUUUGACCUCACUAAAACCAACUUUGUGUCCACAUGCCAGAGGUUUGUGGAGAAGUACAGUGAAUUAGAAAGCAGAGGAGAUGUGAAGCCAGAGAUGCUGUUUGAAGAAACAGGGAAAGCUCUUCUUGCCGAGGGUAUCGUGCUCAGAAGGAGAGGCGGUCCUGCUGUGGCAGCAGGACAAACCAAUCCUUUGCUGGGCAUGGAGCUGGCUGAGAUGUUGGCUGAGCAACAGAAAAACACAGCUAAUAAGACACAAGCGCCAGAAGAGCAGGCACAGACAGUUACCACUGACAGCCCAACUGCAUCACAGUAACAAAGACUCUGUUCAUCUAUUCCUCUGAAGUAUGACAGGCCGAGAUAAAAGAAUGGCUUAAGAGCUGCAGGGACAGCGUCUGGAAGUGUGCUCACUGACGAAUUUAUUAAUCCUGUCUUGAAAAAUAAAAUGGAAGUUGACAUCAGGCGUUUCAGCAUGUUCUGUGUUCCAUCGUCAACAUGAGUGUCCUAAUAAUGUUGUUUUGAAAACUGAUGUUAUUUUAAUGAAAGAUCCUUUACUUUGUGUUCAAUCUAUUUGCUGUAUAUACAUAAAAUAAAGAAUUAGGAGAUUA